AAGGGGCGCCCAAAGACAUACCAGACCAGUAUUAGCCACAUAGCAAUAUGAUUUCCACAUUUAUGCGGGAUAGAUAACAGUUUACGAACUUCGGCACUCCCACAUCCGACGACGCGUAAGCGCACGCCUUUACAGCCGCCUCGGACACUUCAGCGUACAUUUUGCCUUUACAGUAGAGCUGCGCUCUUGCCUUACAACAAUUAACUAAAGUCGGGCGCCGCAGAUAGGUCAGACGACUUGCGGUUACCUUUGGACAAAUUAGGCAAGCUUCGACAAGCCUGCUUUCAUCAAAAUGGGUGCCCAGCAAUCAAGUAUUGCAGGCACUGGCACGAGAGGCAAUCCAGCAGGCGCGCAUGAAGCUAUGGUGGUCAACGACGCCUCCUCGGUGAAGGCGCAUGCCAUCGACUGCUGCUCUAUAGCGAGCUCCUACCAAAGCCUUUCUGAGCUGGAUGAUUUCCUUAAACCUGGAGGCGACCCCUCUCUCGGCCGCUACAGCGUCCGUUCGUUGGCAGCCGCGUCGGAAAUCGUGGCGAAUACCAUCUACGAAGGGGACGAGCUACACACGCUAGCAGAAGAAGAGGCCGAGCACUCCCAAGACAGGAGCGGCAGCCGAGGGAGGCCAGCCGCCUCCGCCACAACGACAUCCGUUAGCCCUGCCGUACAACUAACUAAUGGCAGCAAUGGAGCGUCCGCACCGGCAUCCGAGGACCCAGCGGCAGCAGUAGCCACACUCGUGGCGUCUGUGUUUGCUGCCGUCAGGGCAGCACACUCAAGCGCUGCGCUCCCCGCCGGCACCACCGCCGCCACCGCUGUCGUACCACUCGCUGCUGACGACUGCCCGGCGGCGUUCGGGCGGUCAUUGGCACCUGCACCCUCCGCCGCCCUCUCCGUCAGCACCCAGGUUACCACCGCUUCAGACCUCGCGCCAGGCGUCAGCGCCAUAAUUGCAACCGCAUGCCCAACAGCUGCGCAGCCUGCUGCAAAAACAGCUCUUCCUCCUGGCACGCCCGCGCCCACAACAGGGGAGGCGCCAGCGCCCGCGUGCACGCCUCCAUCGGUGCGUCCCUCCCUGGAGGCGGCGGCCAGUCUGGCCUCCGCCUGGUCUUCCGACCCUCAGCCCUCCAUCCUCAGCCCUGGCAGCGCCUCCCCCUUCAGCACGCCCUCGCCUGCCGCCGCCGGCACCGCGGCAACCUCACCCUGCGGCAGCUUCGGCUCCUGUACCACCACCGCCGGUGAGGGUGAUGGAAAGAUGGCAGCGGCGGAGGUGCCAACAGAGGCGGCGACUGCCGGCUCGGUGACUGCGGCUGCACCGCCCUGCAUGUCGGGUCGGCUGCGUUCGCAUCGUGUGGCGGACUUGAGCGUUUCCUUUUCUGAAGACGGCGGCGAUACGGAGGAGGCCGCAGCAGCAGGGGCAGCGACCUCAGGGGCAGGGGCUUCUGGGGACCGGGUACGGCAAAGCCCGGCGGGUUCCGUACAGCCUGCAUGUGGCGGCGGCGGCGGUGGCGGCAGCAGCCUGGAGUCUGAUGCCGCGGUGGCACACCAUCAGCAUGCGGACCGCAGCACGGGUCGGCUUGCAGCUCUGAAUGCCGGCCUGGCCAGCAUUUCCCGCAGCCUUUCGCGGAGCCUUUCGCGCAGCAUAUCCCGGAGCAUCAGUCGUGGCAGCCCCGGUCCCGGUGUGUCGGAGGUUAGACUUGUGCUGGACCCCGUUGAGCCAGGUGUGAUAGCGCCGCGAGUCGCGGACGCUGCUGCUGGUGCUCCGGCGGCGGGUAAGGACGCUGGCGUUGCGGCGGCGGCGGCGGCGGCGGCGCCAGCCGCCCGAUCUGCUGCUGCUGCUACCAGCAGCGGCGGCGCCACGUCAAGGAAUGCGCCCCGCAGCACUAAGGCGACGGAGGGAAAGGUCAGUGCCGCUGCCGUUAUUGGCGCCGUUCGUAAGGCCGGGGGCGUUGCGAAGGCCGGCGGUACGGCGGGUAGGACGGCAGCAGCGGGCAAGGGUGCGGCUGCGGAUGGGGGCAAGGCACGGCAGCCCUCUUCACCGCCCGGCAAGGUGGGGAAGGUGCCUUCGUUCAGCUGCUUUGCGUGCUUUUCACCCGAGGUAUGAGUGCAGGCGCUUGGAAGUCCCGUUGUACCCUGCAGUUGAAUCCUAGUUGCUUUUGCGGUUGCUACUAAGUGAAAGAACGUUGAACGGUUGGAGUUGGUUGGGUUGGCAUUGGUUGGAGUUGGUUGGGUGCUUUCAGGCACCCCGCAAUGUCAGUUCGCAGGGCAUGCAUGGAAUAUAACUUAAUCGCUUCGCAGGUCGCGUAGUAAGUAUUAACGUUUGUCAAAGCGGGUGGUAAUAACAACGAACGCAGUGGGUCGUGUUGUGUUUGCAGGCAGCAGCCGGUGUGUUAGUUCGUUGCGCGUUGCGGCUGCAUUGGCUGCUUUAUGCAAUUGCUUGUUUGCAACGUGCUUCCUAGCUGGGUUCUGGUGCGGUGUCUGCGGCUUUACCCUUACUACCAAUAGCUCAGGUGCCGAUACGUACCUGCUUAAUAAAGGAACGGGCCAAGGUGCAGGGAUGUGUGCUGCCGGUGUGGUAAAGGUUUGAAAAAACUAACUAAUGCGUUUAGGGGGGCACCCAAUUUGCAUGUGCUGGUGUCUUCAUUAGACGUGUGCUUGUCGUACGUGUACUCGUCUCGUCGUGCCGUACGGAAAGCCGUGUCGUGCUCUUCUUGCACAGGGAAGCAGCCGGUCUACUCGUCGACGUUGGGCGGUUUUUGACAGCCCUUGACUUUGCCCGUGGAAACCUAUUAAUAUCAUUGCGUUAAGGCAACAGAGCCGCGUUAACUGGACGGACCGUAGCUGUGAACGUCUUAACAUGUACGCAUGUGGUGGCAUGGCCUUAUGACAGAUGCUGCGUUGAACCUCUUGUUUCAUCGAGUUGCAGUGCAGGCGGGGAGGUAAGAAGGAGAAGCUGCUGAAGUCUGAACUGUGAAGGGCGCGUCCGUUAAUUGGGAAGAAUGCAUUGCGGUGGUUGUUCGGUUUUGCAUCUGCGGUGGUUGAAUACGUGUACGGAAGACACAGGACAUGUACGGGAAGAUACCAAGUGAAGAGUACGUCUCACGCACGGGGAUACGGGCCUGCGUCAGGUCUUAGGGACAACCUAUUCGACGGGCGGUUGAGUUUGCAAGGUCAUUGCGUACGGGUCAACCGAGUCAUUCCGGUUCCGAUCCAUUAUAUAUUCAAACAGGCAGGAUGUGCACUGCUGCUGCUGCUGUCGCUGCGUGGAACCGGUGACAAUUUACGAAGGGUUGCUAAUAUUAUCAAGUCGGUUUUAGUCUAUCUAUUUAAGCAUGCGUUCCGUACUGCACACGUAAAACGUUUGAUGUGGAGAGCGGUGCAGCCACAAGCAAGGCGUAAGGCGUCCGGGCGGUGCGAGCUAUGGUGUAUAUAACCGGCGUGCAAAGGCGCUUGUCGUUGCUGUUGAGCAAGUUGUGUGUGACUUGGACUGAACUUUUGCAAGUUUUGGUUUAGGGAGGGAGGGCUGAAUAAAGGCAGUAACCCCAAUGCACGUGUUUGUGCUUGUACGCGAAGCUGUGGAGGCGGCAGGUCGCGUGCACGUGAUGAUGAUUUUGUUAUCCUCCUAUCCAUGCGCGGAGGAUUACUUGCGGAGAAUAAACAUUCGUGGAGCAGCGUGGGGAAUGAAUUCCUUUGGUGCUUGGUGCGUUCACUGUUGGUUAGCACUUACAUGCACCCCGAUGAAGGCAAAUGGACCACUUCCCGUGUCAAGGAAGGUUCGAGCCCGUCUUCAUUCCCCGCUUCCUAAGGACUACUUGGAGCGUAAUGGUCGAUUGUACACGGGGGUGGCAUGCAGCACGGCAGGCUGCCUUGCCCUUUCGCUGCUGUCGUUGAAGCACGGCGAUAUGCUUGUGGCGGCAUGCUCCUGCGCUGUCAUCAGCGGUUGAUGCCUACUGCCUACCUAGUAUUGUAUUGCGUUUAGAGUCGUUGUCCAACAAGCAGCAGCCGCAGCACUUGCGGGUUCCUUUCUCUGUUCAUCAUGGCCCUGGCGGGUGCUCUUGUUAUGAUACCUAGUAAAGCAACCUCUUCGUGCAUGUACGGCAGGUACCGGUACGGCAUAGUGUCCGCCAUCUGUGCUGUUGCCGUACAGAGGCGACGUACGAAUGGAGGUUGUCGUCCGAAAGCUGUUGUUGUACUUCCCCUUCAAUGCACUAGGUUGUAUGUGCAGUGCUACCAGCCAUGUAACCAUCAAAUGCA